AUGGCCCAGAGUGUACCCGUGCCUCCAGCCAACACAUAUUCCAACUACACUAUGCCGUCGGAAUAUCCACAAGAUUCAGACGAUUUCUUGGUCGAUGUCAUCGAAGGCUCAGACUGCGAAUACGACGCUCGACUAGGCAAGAAGAUAGACUCCAAGCAUCGGAAGAAACAGGUUGCGAGGAUUCAGACAACNUUUUAUUGCUGGAAGCUUACGAAGGCUGCUCCUAAGAUCAAGGAUGGUGCACCAAGCUGGAAGCGAGCAGAAAGGGCGCAGAUGACACUCCCAUCGGACGAACUUGAAUCGCAAGUUAAAAAGCAGCGCAAGGUGAGAUCUCUCACCGAGAUGUACGAGGCCUUGUCAACGGACCAGCGUCAACAAGUUGAGGUCCUCAUCCAGGAGCAAAGGCGAAACGAAGUGAACGAAUACGCUCGUUGGGAAAUAGCGGCCAUACACCGCGAGGUUCUUAACAAUCUGAGGACCAGGAUUAGAGAGACCACCUUUAUCCGCGUGAUAUUAAGUAGAGACGACAAACGAAAAGCUGAGAAGACAGCAGCGGAGCAUGGUCCUGGUGUGGCGAGCAAUAUCUCCGACCUCAAUGAUCUGUCCGAUUUGCUACUGAAGCAGACAGAGAUUGGAGGCGACCAACGUCUCCCUCAAAAGACAAAGGAGUUCAAGGCACAAUCAAAGGCUGAAAUGGCAACCAACGAGAACCUCAUCGAAGUUUUGCCUAAUCCCGGCAUCGAAAACGCAUAUGCUAUCAGUGUGCCAUCGCUGGCAAGUCCCUUGCCAUCCGAUCGUCUACGAAAUCAUCGAACAUGGAGCAAUGAUGCCCAGCUCUGGCACUCGCCAUUGGCUAGACCAGAGCAUGAGGAUGUAUCUCAGCAUCAACUAAAUCAAUGGCGACCACAACAGGGUUCUGAAUCUCAAAGGACUCAACCCCACCACGUUCACAAUGCUCUAGCAUAUAUGGCCAACAUGAACCACAAUGCGCGCACACACGUGGGAGGUCAAGUCUACGAAGAGACACGCGCGCAAUCGACUCUACCUGAGCCAUGGCUCUCCCAGCAAUCUCCGCUCCAACCACGAGCCUAUGACGACAACGCUUAUGGUGUUCCUAUACAGCAGCAAUUUCAGAAGAACUCAACACAGGAAGCUUCACCACACCUUGAACCGCAAAGAGCUAGUAGCGGCCAAGACUACUUCGGACAGCAGUUCGGAAACCUACACGAAAUAGCAGUAGAGCCCUCCUUCGCUGGCCAGUCUCAACUUACGAACAACAACAGACCCGCACUGGUUACAGCCGAUUACACUAAGAACCCAGAAGCUUAUCGGAGGUCCCCAAUUACAAAGAUACAGGUCUCUGACAAUUCGGAUUGGCCCACUUACAAUCCCAAUACGAAGCAAUCGACCCCACCAUUGCCGCAGUUGCAGCAACAACCGAAGCAAGUAAACCACAGUGCAGAGCGACUGCGGCGGGAAGACGUGCUGUUCUGGAGGACUCAGGCCCAGCUAAGUCACUCGCGAUCGUCCUCGAGUUUAGAUGACCAGUCAUCGACUAUCGCAUCUCCCGAGCAGAGUUCACCACCCACUUCAAUAUCAGGAGAUGGUAUGGCGACACAUUUCCGACAUGACGAAAGAAACGACAUCACACCAGGACGAUUUGGCCAACAGCUUGCAGCACAUAGUUUUCUUCGCCCGAACCAGAGUAGACAACAAGAGCAAAUACCCAUGUUGCCUCAAAGGAGAGAGAGAGACUACAGGCCUGCAACCAGGCGUGGCGUCAGCUUUGAGGAUGAACCAUUCGAGAUCCCAGAUAGACAGUAUGCUCCCGCACCCGCCCCGAACACUUUCAACCCUAGCAUGUACCAUCCAGACAACUACAUCAGACCCUCGGCUCCAGACCCUCCAGAGCCAAAAGUCAACUUUGCGUCCCAUCACCCACAGCGAUAUCAACCACAGCAACAUAUAGAGCCAGAAAAUACCUCAAUGCUCGAGCGCCUGAAUGAACGACUGGAUCAUAUGGAACUCAGACAGGCGGAAGGAGCGACCAGAAGAGCUGUCGAAGCGGCGCAGAAGAGGCGAGAAUUGGAAAGGAAAGAAGCGUACGAGAAAGGAGUUGAAGAUGCAAUGGCGUGGAAGGCACGAUCCGGUGGUUUUGGCAACUUCGCCUGA